GUGGGCGGGUUCUAAUGUGUUUCUCGAUUUAACUUUGUAACGUAAUAAUAAUUAUUAGCUUGCUAUUUUUGUCAACAGCUAGAGAGUGUUUGAAGGUCUAUAUCAGCGUUAGCUACUAACAUCAAGAAUUUCUCGAGAAUUGCAGGGUCGGUGGAAAUGCGUUUAUUUUGCGCGUCAGUUGUUUUGUGCGUCUUCUCUGCAUGUCACAUGACCAUAUCCACCUGUGAUGAGCUCCUGACUUCAGAAGAUGCUGAAUUCUGCAAGGGAGAACUAAAGGUGACUUACCCUGAUCUGGUGGUUGACAAAUGCGUGAUUGUCCCUCAGAGAAUGAGAGAGAAGAUCAGUAGGGAAUGGGGACCACCUCAAGUACAGCUGCCAAGUGCUGAUGAGAAAAAGAAAUACACUCUAUUAAUGGUGGAUCCAGAUGCUCCUAGUCGUCAGAAACCCUCUCGCAGUUACUGGAGACACUGGUUACUGGUUGACAUUAAGGGGAAAGCGCUACGGAGAGGAGAUGUCAGCGGUGUUGAACUAUCCGCAUACACCCGUCCCAUUCCACCUCAAGGGACUGGACUCCACCGCUACCAGUUCUACGUCUAUGAGCAGCCUGGAGGCCAAAGCCUGUCCCUCAGCCCACAGGAGGAUAGCUCACGGGGUAACUGGGAUCCGCAGGCAUUUGUUCAGAGGUUUGGUCUGGCUACACCAGUGGCUUCGCUUCAGUUCCUCACCCAAAACCACAAGGACUAGAGGACACCUCCAACCAGCUACUCAACUUUGACCUCUGGCCUUCACCCACUCUGUGGCAGUUCUGAUAUUAUAUCCAGAAUUAAUGUAAUGCACAUUAGCAUUUCAGUGAAUAUUAAACUAAUAAAAGGUGAAAUGUUUCCUCCUGUCUGAAUUGUAACAUGACGAAAUGCGUUUGAUGAAAUAUCACAUAUCUGUUCACAAUAAUUUGAAUAAAAGCUAAAUUCAUAUCA